GGCCCCCCUGACCCGCCCCUCUCGCAGGAGCCUGGUGACGCUGCCCAGGCUGUGAACAGGCAGGCGGCGCUGCGGGGGCUGCCGGCAGCCGGGGCCGGGAGAGACAUGUGGACACGUGGCCUCUAUGGCUCCCGCCUGCCAGAUCCUCCGCUGGGCCCUCACCCUGGGGCUGGGCCUUGGGUUCGAGGCCACGCACGCCUUCCGCUCUCAAGAGGAGUUCCUGGCCAGUCUGGAGAGCUAUGAGGUCGCCUUCCCCACCCGAGUGGACCACAACGGGGCCCUGCUGGCCUUCGCGCCCCCCGACACGCGCAGGCAGCGGCGGGGUGCAGGAUCCGGCGCGGAGCCCCGCCUCUUCUACAAGGUGGCGGCGCCCAGCACCCACUUCCUGCUGAACCUCACGCGCAGCCCCCGCCUCCUGGCAGGGCACGUCUCCGUGGAGUACUGGACCCGGGAGGGCCUGGCCUGGCAGAGGGCCGCCCGGCCCCACUGCCUCUACGCCGGCCACCUGCAGGGCCAGGCCGGCAGCUCCCGCGUGGCCGUCAGCGCCUGCGGGGGCCUGCAUGGCCUCAUUGUGGCCGAUGAGGAAGAGUACCUGAUCGAGCCCCUGCAGAGCGGGCCCAGGGGAGCCCGGGGCCCAGAGGACAGCGGCCCCCACGUGGUGUACAAGCGCUCCUCCCUGCGCCACCCCCACCUGGACUCGGCCUGCGGCGUGAGAGACGAGAAGCCCUGGAAGGGGCGGCCCUGGUGGCAGCGCACCCUGAAGCCACCGCCUGCCAGGCCCCUGGGCAACGCGUCGGAGCGCAGCCCGCCGGGCCUGAAGCGCUCGGUCAGCCGGGAGCGCUAUGUGGAGACCCUGGUGGUGGCCGACAAGAUGAUGGUGGCCUACCACGGGCGGCGCGACGUGGAGCAGUACGUGCUGGCCAUCAUGAACAUUCGGGGCCCGAUAGGGCGCGGGCAGCAGGGCUGGGGCGGGCAGCCCCUCACUCCCGCUCCCUCUCACAGCUACGACAUCUGCAUCUACAAGAACAAGCCCUGUGGCACGCUAGGCCUGGCCCCCGUGGGCGGGAUGUGCGAGCGAGAGAGGAGCUGCAGCAUCAACGAGGACAUCGGCCUGGCCACCGCCUUCACCAUCGCGCACGAGAUCGGACACACGUUUGGCAUGAACCACGACGGCGUGGGGAACAGCUGCGGGGCGCGGGGCCAGGACCCCGCGAAGCUCAUGGCCGCGCACAUCACCAUGAAGACCAACCCCUUCGUGUGGUCGUCGUGCAGCCGCGACUACAUCACCAGCUUCCUGGACUCGGGCCUGGGGCUCUGCCUGAACAACCGGCCCCCCAGACAGGACUUCGUGUACCCCACAGUGGCACCUGGCCAGGCCUACGACGCGGAUGAACAGUGCCGCUUCCAGCACGGAGUCAAAUCGCGCCAGUGUAAAUACGGGGAGGUGUGCAGCGAGCUGUGGUGUCUGAGCAAGAGCAACAGGUGCAUCACCAGCAGCAUCCCGGCGGCCGAGGGCACCUUGUGCCAGACGCACACCAUCGACAAGGGGUGGUGCUACAAGCGGGUGUGCGUCCCCUUCGGGUCGCGGCCGGAGGGCGUGGACGGGGCCUGGGGCCCCUGGACCCCGUGGGGUGACUGCAGCCGGACCUGCGGCGGGGGCGUCUCCUCGUCCAGCCGUCACUGCGACAGCCCCAGGCCGACCAUCGGGGGCAAGUACUGCCUGGGCGAGAGGCGGCGCCACCGCUCCUGCAACACCGAGGACUGUCCCCCGGGCUCCCAGGACUUCCGGGAAAUGCAGUGCUCUGAAUUUGACAGUGUCCCCUUCCGAGGGAAGUUCUACACGUGGAAGACGUACCGGGGCGGGGGCGUGAAGGCCUGCUCGCUCACGUGCCUAGCGGAAGGCUUCAACUUCUACACAGAGAGGGUCCUGGGCUCCGACCUGCGUGAGGACAAGUGUCGGGUGUGUGGGGGCGACGGCAGCGCCUGCCAGACCAUCGAGGGGGUCUUCAGCCCGGACUUGCCCGGGGCUGGAUACGAGGAGGUCGUCUGGAUCCCCAAGGGCUCCGUGCACAUCUUCCUCCAGGACCUGAACCUCUCCCUCAGCCACCUGGCCCUCAAGGGGGACCAGGAAUCGCUGCUGCUGGAGGGGCUGCCGGGGACACCCCAGCCCCACCGCCUGCCCCUGGCCGGGACCACCUUCCAGCUGCGACAAGGGCCAGACCAGACCCAGAGCCUGGAGGCCCUGGGGCCCAUCAACGCGUCUCUCGUCGUCAUGGUGCUGGCCCAGGCCGAGCUGCCCGCCCUCCGCUACCGCUUCAACGCGCCCAUCGCCCGGGACGCGCCGCCACCCUACUCCUGGCACUACGCGCUCUGGACCAAGUGCUCGGCCCAGUGUGCGGGUGGCAGCCAGGUGCAGUCCGUGGAGUGCCGGAACCAGCUGGACAGCUCGGCCGUGGCCCCCCACCACUGCAGCGCCCACAGCAAGCUGCCCAAGAGGCAGCGGGCCUGCAACACGGAGCCCUGCCCACCCGACUGGGUUGUAGGGAACUGGUCUCGCUGCAGCCGCAGCUGCGAUGCCGGCGUGCGCAGCCGGUCCGUCGUGUGCCAGCGCCGGGUGUCCGCGGCGGAGGAGAAGGCCCUGGACGACAGCGCGUGCCCGCAGCCGCGCCCGCCCAUCCUGGAGGCCUGCCACGGGCCCACCUGCCCCCCGGAGUGGACCACCCUUGACUGGUCCGAGGUGGGCUCCCUCCCCCACCCGCCCAGCGGCCUCCCUGGUACGAUGGGGGGGCGGGGCGCUGAGUAG